GAGAGAGAGAGAGAGAGAGAGAGAUCUCCAUGGCUCCGUCCCUCUUCGUCGUCCUCCUCCUCCUCGCGGCGCGGCCACCGCACGCCGCCGCCGCCGCCGCCGGAGCCUCCGAUCUACCAGGGAAGUGUAGGGCGUGGCUCGUCCAAUCCAUCCCCACCGACAUGCCGGAUCUUCCCCGCGUCCCCGGCGUCCUCUCUUCCGGGGAUGUGUUGAGGUGGCUCGCGGGGAAUGCGACGGAGAAUUUGGAUAUCCUCGCUCAGUAUUGGCAAUUGGUGGCCGCGCCGAAGAAUCCACGGUCGGGGGAUUACGGGUACUCCGAUGCCGAUAUGGCGAGGUUCGGGGCUGAUGUAGGGUUGCAGGUUUAUAAGGAAUUGGAGGCGGCAGCGGAUCGGAAGGUCGAUAUCAGGAUUGUGCAGCACUCUGGAGUGUAUCCUGAUUAUGUGCAAGAGCCAUCUGAUCUUGCUGCAGGAAGACCAAAUGUGCAGAACGUGACAUUACUACUCAGCAAUUGGUGGGGAUCAGGCAUUGUUCAUGCAAAAGUUUGGAUAUCUGAUCGCAACUCUCUCUAUAUCGGAUCGGCAAAUAAUGACUGGAAAUCGCUCACCCAGGUGAAAGAGCUUGGGAUCUAUCUUGUUGGUUGUCCUAGAAUAGCCAAAUGGGUGGAAACAUAUUUUGACAAUUUGAUGAAACUUUCAAAGCUUAAUUCAACUGAGUACACAAAAACAGUUUGGGAUGACCAGUGGCAAGUUUAUAGAAAAGUUCCAUGCUGGUCACAUUUCAUCCAUGAGAAAGAAAGAUGCAGCAGGUCGCCUCUGCCACCUUCUAUUGAGGUCCCACAAGUUAAUGGCUACCCAGCUCUAUUAGACCCUUUUAUGUUUCAAAUUCCAUUUGAGACUCCCGGAUGUAAUACGUCUGCUCGAGCGAACUACUCCAGCUACCUUUCAUUUGCUCCACCGGAGCUGUUAUUUGGUAAGUUCCAGGCAGAUGAACAAGGAUGGGUUGAGACAAUCAAAUCCGUGAAGGCCGGAGGAACUGUCCGGAUUAGUACCAUGGAUUGGCUUGGGCAAUCUCAGUUUACACAGCAAACAAUUUACUGGCCAUCUCUAUCAUCAGCAAUAUCAGAGGUUGCAUUCUCUAAAAAUGCGACAGUCCACCUCCUUGUCGCUUACUGGGCACACUCUAUCGACAAUGCUGACCAGUAUCUCAAGAACCUUCUUUACUCAAAUAUCCUUUGUACAUCCUCCAAGUACAACAACUGCGGCGGUAAAAUUGAGAUCAAGUACUACAUGAUACCUGGAUACAACAAAACCGGACCCGCCAUUCUGAAUGGGAAUGCUACUGGGAAUUUAUACCCAGCUUAUACUAGGGUUAAUCAUGGGAAAUAUGCAGUUAGUGAUGUUAGGGCACAUAUAGGGACCAGCAAUCUUGUAUGGGAUUACUUCUAUUCGACAGCUGGUGUGAGCUUUGGUACACACCAUCCUGCUAUUGUGGCUCAGUUGCAGGAGAUUUUCAAUGCGGAUUGGAAUUCACCAUAUGCUGUUCCAGUUAAGCCAUUGCAGUCGUCGGCAUAAAUGAAAAGCAAACAAAGAAUAUCCAAAAAUUGAUGGGUGGGCUGUUUUUGAUUCAGAUCAUAAGCUCUAUGGGAAAAGGUUUCUAAUUUAUGAAGGUUACAGUGAUCAAAUGGUCUGCUAUGGAAAUAAUUGCACUUGUAAGUUCAGGAAGUUCAAUUCUUUGGUUAUUUCCUGAUUGGUGUCUUGUAUAUCUCUGUUUCAAAUAAAUUUAAAAUAUUGUUCUACUUGCAUGUGUUGUAUCAUCUAAUUCAUGUUACUGAAGAAAUAUUGAAACAAAUAAAUUGGAAACAUUGUUCUA